GUUUGGUUAGAAAAUUGGGAGGGCUGCUGCAGUUAAAUCUCUUGCAUGCACUUUGAUGUCCAUUAAAACAAAAGUAAAUUCACUUCAGAGGGGAUUUUCUCUCAAGGAUUUUUAAAAUCAAUACUUGAAGUAUUUGGAGUGGGCACACUACGCAAAUUUUGUUUCACUCUGUAAACAGUUAGACCACUGGUAUAUCUCAACAACAGACUUCUUCUCUUCCUUUGAGAAGAGAAGGCACAGAUGUUUGAGGACAGAACUCACUCCUGAAAUAGUACAUUGCUCAAUUCCAACCAGCCAGAGAUGCAGAAGCUCCUUUUUCAAUAACGCGAACCUGAAGAUAUUGCAUCUUGGAUCAUUACUGAGCUUGACAUUUCAGGGAUGUUAUGUGAGAGUUUUCUCUGGGCCAUUCCCUAUGGCAAUGAUGGUGACAGGGAUAACCAGAUGCCUAGUAAAUUCGAGGAAGUGGAAAAUUAUGCGCUUUCUAGUGUUACAUCAGCCAUCAACCUUACAUCAAAUUCCCCAGAGACUGAGCUUCCAAACAAGCCCAGUAAGAGCAAGAGCAUGGGACGCUUCAUUAAAAAGGAGUCAUCUUGGAACAAAAGCCAGUCCAAGAAGAGUGAGGUCCAGCAGUGCAGUAGGCAGAUAUCACCUGUGGUUCAUAUCCCACGACAAGUGACGUCCAGCAAAGAAGCCUACCUGGUUCCUUCAUCCUGCAAGAGCAUCUGCAAAGAUUACAAUGACCUGCAAAUCGCAGGCGACCAGGUAAUGCCCCUCAGUUCCAGCACUGUCAGCUUCACACUGGACAGUAGUGUGGAGUUUGCAGAAGGCCCCUUUCUUCAGUCUUGUGAGAUUCCUCCUGCUAUGGAGACCCCCAGACCCUCGCUGGAGUACGUUCGAAAGCCCAUCAAGGCUGACUCCUCCUGCUGGAGAGUUGAAAGUGUGAAGGAGAAGAGUUUUCUCCACCACUCCCGUCCUCUCUCCAACGCCAUGCUCAAUGAAUACCUAGAGCAGAAGAUCAUGGACCUCUAUAAACAGUACAUGGUGGACAGCAUGCUCACCAGCAAUUCUCCCACUACCAUCCUUGCCUCAGAGCUCAUUCUCACCAACGUAGACCAGAUAACCCAGCAGAUCUCCCGGGAACAAAACAUGGAGGCUGCGAAGGCCAAGGACAUGGUCAUCAGCUGCCUGCUGAGGGUGGCCAGUGGCAUACAGUCAAGUGAACUCAGCACUCCUCAGUUACAGAUAUCAAGUGAACGUAGCAUCAACCGUUAGAAAAUGAUUUCUGCCAUUUUGGUUGUUUUCAACACAAGCUGUCUGAUCACGGAGCUUUCUUGAAGAAUUCUCCAACAAAUGUGUACUUUAACUUGUAAUUCUGCUUUGUUUCAUCUCAUUAAAUCCAUUCUCUUGUACAUUC